CUUGAGUCCUAGGUUAUUGACAUUCAAAAUGGACAAGAAUAACCCUUUACUUCCAUUUGCAUUCUCGACGUCAUCAUUUGAUGAAAAGGUGCCAUUGAACACAACUCCCAGAAACCGAAAGAUCAUUGAUGAAAACGCUAGCAGCAUGUAUCACACGAGGGUUACUCCCGAAACCAAACGAAAAGGCCCUACUUUGAAAGUUCAUCCCGGAUUGAAGCGUAAAAUGGGAGAGAGUUUUAAUGAGAAGGAUGAUAUCAAAAGAAGAGAUACUUUUUUCAAUGAUUUUGGCGACGAUCCAACAUUAAUCGAUGGAGAUGCAAAGACUGACGAGGAUACUGGUGGUGAAGAAUUCAAAUCCAGAGACUAUAAAGAUGGUAGUCCAACUUUGGAACCUCAGAUACAUUCCGAGUUUGACAUUGGGACAUCUGAUUAUAAUGUUCCAGAUUCUCCAACCCAUAAUUUUCCGAGUGAAAUCAACCACCAAGAAUACCAUGAACUUGAUUUGAAUGAUCACAAGCCCAAUAGUGCUAAAUCUUUAAUAUAUGAGUUAUCAUCUAAGAAAAAAAGAUCCCGUCUUGAUAAUAUGAGUUCUGAUGCCGACUUCGGAAUUGACCAAUUCAAUCGAUUCAAGGCUACUACAAAUUGUCCAUCUACUGAUAAAAAUUUGGAUACUGAAGAGUACGAAGAACAGCAAAGACAAGUUCAUGAAAACGCAAGACAAAUUGUGAUUGGUGCUUUCGAAGAUAUGAACACCACUAUCCAUUUAGAAGGAUUGGGAAUACGACAAAUCCCCGAAGAAAUUAAGGACUUUGAUAACUUAGUCAUUUUUGAUUUCGAUGCUCCUACUCAAAAUUCUUACCAAUUAUACCUCACUAAUAAUAAAAUCGACGAAUUACCUCCAUCUUUAUUCAAUUUCACAAAACUAAAUGUUUUGGGUUUACGUCAAAAUAAAUUAUCAAGAAUACCUCCACUUAUAAGGAAAUUGGAAAAUCUAGUUGAUCUUUCCUUGGGAACUAACAAGUUAGAAUACUUACCUCCACAAAUCUUGGAUUUGCCUAAUCUUUCUACAUUUAGAGCUGGUCCAAAUCCUUACAUGAAAAUUCCUGAUGAUGCUAUAGAAGUGAAGACAGUUACUGUAAACCUGUUCAAGACCAAAAAAUAUUUCACUCCUUUAAAGUGGAAAACGGAAAGCAAAAAAUUAGUGCCAUCUUUGAAAAACUUAUGUCUUGAUACAAUUGCCAAUUACGAUGUCACUUACCAAGAAACAAAAAAUUGGAAAAAACACACUCCUAAAAUUUUUCACAGCGUAAUCGCAUCAGCAAUUUCUAAAGGUCAAUAUGAAGAGUCCUGUAGUGAAUGUGAUAGAAUUGUUGUUGAACCAGUAGCUGAAAGUAUCGAAUGGUGGGAUUUCUUACAAAAUAAAGAUGUCCCAAUUAAGAGGCAAUUUUGCUCGGGUAUGUGUGCAAAAAAAUGGGAGAGGUCUACAUUAAUCGACCAGGAGUAUUUUUGAUUCUGCUUCCCCUUAAUUAAUCAACGAUUAACGACUUAUAUUACGAUAUUAUUUAUGAUACCCUAUAUAUUCCAUUUAGGCAUUUUUUAAUUCAUGCUUUUCUUCACGAAAAAUUCGUAGUCUUCUUUAACGACAUAAUUUCCUGGAAAGAUUCCCGCUUCACCGUUGAGCUCUCCUUUCCACCACUCACCAGCAUAGUCUAUUAGCCUGACAGUAUCACCUGCUCGCACGGUGAGAUCUCCCGGUUCUUGUCCAUUGAAACUAAAUUUUAUAGUACAGUAAACUUUAUCUUCUUUGAUAUUGCUGGUUGUCGCUAAAGACGAAGUUAAAUUUUGGAAAUACUGUUUUCUAAACUUCACAAUGAAUAAAUCUUCAAUUGAGUUUAAGGCUUUUUCGUUCUUCUCGUAAAACUCACAAAGUAAAACAUCGAU